AUGGCCGCCUUUUUGUUGAGGGCCGUGAUGCUGCUCGCCGCCAGCGCCAGCGCGCUGAAUCUCCCCAUGGCGGGCCGGCCAGCCAGUGCGGCGCCGCCCAGCUUUGUGCAGACGGAGAUGCGCGGCGCGGCGAUGAAGCUGCACACGCGCGACCAGUCGCCCCGCGAGGGCCAACAGCCCGCCCAGACGCCCGUCAAGGCGUGGGAGCCGCAGCGCGAGGACUACCUCCAGUUCCUCGUGGACUCGCGCCACGUCUUCGCGGCCUCUGAGGUCGCCCUCCCCUACCCCACGGCCAUCAUCGCGAGGACGGAGCGGCUGGCGCCCUUCCGCGACUCUGGCCUCGAGCGCGCCGCUUCGCUCAGCGAGGUCUAA